AUGUUUCGGAAAAAGCGUAAAUGUGACGUCAUGCCCGUUGUUUUGGUUCGCCCGACCAAUCGGACUCGCCGGCUGGAUUCUACGGGCGCCGGGAUGGGCCCUUCGUGGCGGCGGCAGGACUCGCCGCUGCCGACCAUAACGCAUUGCGCAGGGUGCACCACCGCCUGGUCUUCCUGCAGCUUUAACAGCUCUGACAUGGAAACACCGCUGCAGUUCCAGCCGGGCUUCUGCUCAGAGCAGCAGCGCCCGCGCCUGCAUUGCCAGCAGCAGCAGCCACCGGGCCAGGACAAGCAGAGCCUGCUCCAGCAGCACAGCCCAUGCCUCCAGUGCAACAACUGCACCUACUCUGGGGCUGCGGCGGGGGAUAACCUGCCCCUGCUGCUCCGCACUUCCUCGCCCCUGUCGGGCGCUUUCAGGACCCACUCCUCGCCGCUCUCCUCCUCCGCCGCCUCCUCUAGGCAGGGCAGCCAGCUGAACGUGAGCGAGCUCACCCCCUCCAGCCAUGCCGGUUCGUCCAGGCAGCCACACCACCCCCAGUACCACCACCACCACCACCACCCCCAGUACCACCAGUGCCAUAGUCUGCAGCAGCAGGCAGCCAGCCCCAGCAGCAGUGUCAGCAGCGGCAGCACCCACCACCACCAGCAGCCCCACCAGCGCCGGGAGAGCAACCCCUUCACCGAAAUAGCCAUGAGCAGCUGCAGGUACAACGGCGGCGUCAUGCGGCCGCUCAGCCACCUGAGCUCGUCCCGCAGGAACCUCCAGGAACUGGACUCCGAGUCCCAGCCGCUGCAGCCGCCGCUCUCCAGCCCCGGCGCCGCCGCCGCCGCCUCCUCAGCCCCGGAGAUCGUGGUGUCCAAGCCGGAGCACAACAACUCCAACAACCUGGCGCUGCACGGCCCCGGCCCCGGGGGCAGCGUGGGGGGCAGCAGCCAGAACAACAGCGGCAGCAAGUCCAGCAAGAAGAAAAACCAAAACAUCGGCUACAAGCUGGGGCACCGCCGAGCGCUCUUCGAGAAGCGCAAGCGGCUCAGCGACUACGCGCUCAUCUUCGGCAUGUUCGGCAUCGUGGUGAUGGUCAUCGAGACCGAGCUGUCCUGGGGCGCCUACACCAAGGAGUCGCUGUAUUCAUUAGCUCUAAAAUGCCUUAUUAGCCUCUCCACGAUUAUUCUGCUUGGUCUUAUUAUUGUAUACCACGCAAGGGAAAUUCAGUUGUUCAUGGUGGACAACGGAGCAGAUGACUGGAGAAUAGCCAUGACUUACGAGCGUAUUUUCUUCAUCUGCUUGGAAAUACUGGUGUGUGCUAUACAUCCCAUACCUGGGAACUAUACAUUCACAUGGACAGCCCGGCUUGCCUUCUCCUAUGCUCCAUCCACAACAACAGCUGAUGUGGAUAUUAUUUUAUCUAUACCAAUGUUCUUAAGACUAUAUCUUAUUGCCAGAGUUAUGCUUUUGCAUAGCAAACUUUUCACAGAUGCCUCAUCUAGAAGCAUUGGAGCACUAAAUAAGAUAAACUUCAAUACACGUUUUGUUAUGAAGACUUUAAUGACAAUAUGUCCGGGAACUGUAUUGUUGGUUUUUAGUAUCUCAUUAUGGAUAAUUGCUGCAUGGACUGUCCGAGCUUGUGAAAGGUACCACGAUCAACAGGAUGUUACUAGCAACUUCCUUGGAGCUAUGUGGUUGAUUUCAAUAACUUUCCUUUCCAUUGGAUAUGGUGACAUGGUACCUAAUACAUACUGUGGGAAAGGAGUCUGUUUACUUACUGGAAUAAUGGGUGCAGGGUGCACUGCGCUGGUGGUAGCUGUGGUUGCAAGGAAGUUAGAACUUACCAAAGCUGAAAAACAUGUGCAUAAUUUCAUGAUGGAUACCCAGCUAACUAAAAGAGUGAAAAAUGCAGCUGCCAAUGUACUCAGGGAAACAUGGUUAAUUUAUAAAAAUACAAAGCUGGUUAAAAAGAUAGACCAUGCAAAAGUAAGGAAACAUCAACGCAAAUUCUUGCAAGCUAUUCAUCAAUUACGAAGUGUAAAAAUGGAGCAAAGGAAACUGAACGAUCAAGCAAACACUUUGGUGGACCUUGCAAAGACUCAAAACAUCAUGUACGACCUGAUUUCUGACUUAAAUGAAAGAAGUGAAGAUUUUGAGAAGAGGAUUGUUACUCUGGAAACUAAACUGGAAACCUUAAUAGGUAGCAUUCAAGCUCUCCCAGGACUGAUUAGCCAGACAAUCAGCCAACAACAGAGGGAUUUUCUUGAAGCUCAGAUACAAAAUUACGACAAGCAUGUUGCCUACAGUGCUGAGAGAUCACGAUCUUUGUCGAGACGGAGAUCCUCCUCCACAGCACCACCGACCUCGUCAGAGAGUAGCUAG